CACGGCAUGUGUGAAUCCUCUUCCAGUCUUCUUCCUCCUCUGCCCGCGAUUGCCACCAGAUACGAAACCUAACCAGACCGAACCCCCCGGAUCCGAAGCGGCGGCGAUGGAGCCCACUCCCGUCGGCGCCAGCGGCACGGUGGAGCGGUGGCGCGCGGAGGCGUCGCGGGCGUUCCAGCACCACCUGGACCGCGCGGCGCCGCACAUGGCGCGGCGGUGGGCGGGCACGCUCGUCGCCGCCGCGGUGUACGCGCUGCGGGUGUACUUCGUGCAGGGCUUCUACGUCGUCACCUACGGGCUGGGCAUCUACCUGCUCAACCUCUUCAUCGGCUUCCUCUCCCCCAUGGUCGACCCGGAGCUCGAGGCGCUCGACGCAGGGCCCGGGCUCCCCACCCGCGGCUCCGACGAGUUCAGGCCCUUCGUCCGCCGCCUCCCCGAGUUCAAGUUCUGGUAUGCUAUCACGAAAGCCUUUUGCAUUGCUUUCGUCAUGACCUUCUUCUCUGUAUUUGACGUUCCUGUCUUCUGGCCAAUACUUCUCUGUUAUUGGAUUGUGCUCUUUUUCCUGACAAUGAAGCGACAGAUAAUGCAUAUGAUCAAGUACAAGUAUGUCCCGUUCACCUUUGGAAAGCAGAGGUAUGGUGAAAAGAAAGAGCCAGCUGCCAGUGCAUCUAAAGACUGAAGACUGAGGGUCUGGGACCUGGAGAGCAAAUGCUUGUCUGUUAUCUGCGAGGCAACUAUCCUGCUGGCAUGGUGGUAUUUUGAUUACCAGCUGCUGACAGUAAAUGCACACCAAAUUCGCUAGUGGAGAGAAGCGAAGCAAACUUCUGCAUCGGUUGAUGAUUCUUGUUUUUGCAUAUCAGUAGUUUGUGUACAAUGACUUGGGAUAUAGCUAGUAGAUCACUUUCCAGUUACUCUGUUGUACUACGCUUGUAUUGGACAAGUUGUGAACCUGCUGACCCGGUGCAACGCAAUGCAAGUGAAAACCAAGAGGACAGUGACUUAGGACAUAGCUAGUAAGUAUAUCACAUUUUACUUCUUCUGUUGUACUGAACUUUUGUGGACAAGUUGUACACUUGUUGAAUCGGUGCAAUUUCAAUUCAAGUUGAAAACAAAA